AUGUGGGUACCAUUUGCGUUGGUUGGUGAGUUUGUUCAAAAAAAAGAACUGUGUGAUGGCGGGAAGAUCAUUGGUAACGACGUCGAAAGAGAAGCUGGUACGAGUGUGCGCUACGCAUCUAUAUCAUCGACUUCGUCGUCAUCGCCUUGUGUGGAAGAUCUUGAUGACCAAGAAAAAGAGGAGUUCGAUGCUGGAAUGAUUUUGG